UUGAGAGGCAAGUAGAUGAAGCUGGACUCUGUUAUUGUCUGUUGGAAUCACAGAAUUAAAAAACGUGUUUGAUUAAAGAGAAUGGGAGCUAGUACCUCAACAGCAGAUGAUAUCAAUGCUAUGGAAAUCCAUCACUGGUAUGGGAAAUUUAUGAAAGAAUGUCCUUCUGGGCAGCUGAGCCUCCAUGAGUUUAAAGGAUUACUUGGCUUGCAAGGAAUGAAUUUUGAAGCAAACAGAUACAUUCACCAAGUGUUCAGUACAUUUGACAUGAACAAGGAUGGAUUUAUUGACUUCUUGGAAUUUAUUGCUGCAAUAAACUUAGUUUUAAGAGGAAAAAUUGAUCAGAAAUUAAAGUGGUAUUUUAAACUGUAUGAUGCAGAUGGAAACGGAUCGAUUGACCGAAAAGAAUUGCUAAGUAUACUAACGGCAGUUCAGGCUAUAAAUGGACACCGGGGUAUGAGUGCUGAUGAAUUUACCUCUAUGGUAUUUGAAAAGAUUGACGUCAAUGGAGAUGGUGAGUUGACUCUAGAAGAAUUUAUUAAUGGAAUACAGAAAGAUGAACAGCUUCUGGAAAUGAUUUCAAAAACUUUUGACUUGUCAAAUGUACUGAAAACAAUUCAAAAUGGAAGGCGGCUGAGUUUUCCUUGACAUGAGAUGAUAUGUUUUAUUUGUGAAACACUAUUCAUGUUCUCUCAUUGGUUGAACACAAUGAAGAGAAGGUGUGCAAACAUUCUGAUGGCCUUCACUCACUCCAGUUCUGAUAACUACAAACUUGCAUAAUGGACUGUCCUAAGAAAACCCCAACCUAAUCCUUUAAGUAAUUAAAUCUCAUUUAAGACUUGUGUCUUGAGUAAAUAAGAACAGAGAAGACAUUGCAUAAGCUUUGGAUGAAACUUAUUGCUGCUAACAAUAGUAAUCUGUUUCUUACGAUUUUUUUGACUUGAAGGUAACCAGGGAGAAAAAUGUACAGGCAGAAAAACAUUGGUUUAAUAUUUUGUUCUAUUUAUUUUAAUAUAUUAACACUGUCAAAGCUUUUUUUAUGAACUUUAAAAAAUAACAACAUCCACAUAUCAAGCAAAGAAGAAACACAAGGAAACCACCCUCUAUGGGAAUUCAUAACAUAUUAUUUUAAUUGGACUUCACUUAUUUGUAAUAGUAUAACUAUUUUGCCAGUUGGAAAUGACCAUCAGAAAUGUUUAAUUUGUCAAGGAUGUGCUGUAUGUGACCUACGGCAAAUAUAAAAAAAAACUGAAAUAGGAAGAUCAAACAUUACUAACAAUAAUAUAUUUACAAGAUAGGACCUCAAAAAUGACCAAGGAGCUAAAUCUAUAUAUUGAAGGCCUAGUUUUUAAAAUGAACAUACAAAGGCAACGCUGCUAUAUGCAAAUUGUGUGCUUGUGCUUUUGAAGAAUGUUAUAUGGCUCUAGGAAUUGUGUUUUACUCUUCUACAUCUUAUUGGAGAAAGCUAAAGAAAGAUUUCAGCUCAAAAUGUUAUGUUCUUAGCUGUUCAGAAUGGUGGUGGAUAUGUUAUGUGUUGGCCUCAGCUAGUGAAAGUAUAUGGAUUUUGUUAUCACUCAGAAUGGAAGCAUUACAGAGAGAUACAAAGCCAAGCUAUUCAUCUAUAAGUCCUGAGAGUCAAAGGUAGUUUGUCUCUGAGCCCUUCAGAGACAAACUACCUUUUCUUAUUAUUAUUUUUGAGGCAGUACAGGUAUGGGAUGGCCAUUUGCCAUAAAGUCCAUUAUAAUAAGAUAACUCUAAUUUAUAAAAGUAAUCUCUUGUACUUGAACUAAGAUGCAGGAAUCCAUAUUGAUAGCAAACCAACCCUAUUGGGUUUACUGAAUGUCUAAAUGUUUUUUUUAGCAGAAUUGAGUCAAAUUAUGAAAAGAGCCCUUAUUUGGAAAAGAUUUUGAAUAUUAGAUCCUAUACCUGUACUUACUUCAGAUUAUUUUUAGUAGUAAUUUGUUUUGGGUAUAAAGAGAAGAGCACAUACACAAAACACAACCCUUGUGAAGGAAUAAAAAUUAGCAAGCUGAAUGGUCAGAAAAAAGUUUCAGGUCACAGGUGACAUUGCAACAGUUCUAAAGGAUAACAGGUUACCUAAGUAAGCUCAAGUGUAGUCAAACAGCAACUGCAAGCAAAUGAUUGUUUACCCUUUUAGCACUGGAGUAAGAGCAAUAAUUCUCUAAGUCAAUGUUAAAACAGCUUUUAACAUGGUCAGAAAUAGGCAAGAUCAAAAUAUCUUCAGUGCUGAAGGGAUCCUCCAUUCCCACUUUAUA